AAAAAAAUCCGUAUUUGUCACUGAUUCCGUCAUUUCUUUAACGUUUAUUAAAACCCCAGGACCCCAACAGGACUCUGGUGUUUUUUUUUUUGUAAAGCAGUCGCUUCGUCUUGAAGCGAUCUCAGGACAUCGGAAAUGUCAGCCAGCGCUGUUUACGUGUUAGAUCUGAAAGGCAAGGUCCUAAUUUGCCGUAACUACCGCGGCGAUGUGGACAUGUCUGAGAUCGAGCACUUCAUGACCCUGCUGAUGGAUAAGGAGGAGGAAGGCACUCUGUCACCCAUCCUGGCCCAUGGAGGAGUGCGCUUCAUGUGGAUUAAACACAACAACCUUUACCUUGUGGCGACGUCUAAGAAAAAUGCCUGCGUCUCUUUGGUUUUCUCGUUCCUGUAUAAAAUUGUGCAGGUUUUCUCUGAGUAUUUUAAGGAGCUGGAGGAGGAGAGCAUCAGAGAUAACUUUGUCAUCAUUUACGAGCUCCUCGACGAGCUGAUGGACUUCGGCUACCCGCAGACGACAGACAGCAAAAUCCUGCAGGAAUACAUCACACAAGAGGGACACAAGUUAGACACGGGAGCUCCUCGUCCUCCCGCCACGGUCACCAAUGCUGUGUCCUGGAGGUCAGAAGGCAUCAAGUACAGGAAGAACGAGGUUUUCCUGGACGUCAUUGAGUCCGUCAACCUUCUGGUCAGUGCCAAUGGGAACGUCCUUCGCAGUGAGAUUGUCGGCUCAAUUAAAAUGCGAGUGUUUCUUUCGGGAAUGCCCGAGCUGCGUCUAGGCCUUAACGACAAGGUCCUGUUCGAAAACACUGGACGAGGAAAGAGUAAGUCUGUAGAGCUGGAGGACGUAAAGUUCCACCAGUGUGUACGGCUGUCUCGCUUUGAGAACGAUCGCACCAUUUCCUUCAUCCCUCCCGACGGAGAGUUUGAGCUCAUGUCAUACCGUCUUAACACACAUGUGAAGCCACUGAUCUGGAUCGAGUCUGUGAUUGAGAAGCAUUCACACAGCAGAAUCGAGUACAUGAUAAAGGCCAAAUCGCAGUUUAAACGCCGCUCCACCGCCAAUAACGUGGAGAUCCAUAUCCCAGUGCCCACGGAUGCAGAUUCGCCCAAGUUUAAGACCACAGUGGGGAGUGUGAAGUGGGUCCCUGAGAACAGCGAGAUCGUCUGGUCCAUUAAAUCUUUCCCUGGAGGCAAGGAAUACUUAAUGAGAGCUCACUUUGGUCUGCCUAGUGUGGAAGCUGAGGAUAAAGAAGGAAAGCCACCAAUUAGUGUUAAAUUUGAGAUUCCCUACUUCACCACUUCUGGAAUUCAGGUGCGUUACCUGAAGAUUAUUGAGAAGAGUGGAUACCAGGCACUCCCAUGGGUACGAUACAUCACCCAGAACGGAGACUAUCAGCUCCGGACUCAGUAGUAGAACUUCACUCGUCUCCUGCUGUCUGACCCACGUGGACUUGGAUCUCUCUGUCUCUCUGUCUCUCUCUCUUCCUCUCUCUGCAACGUUUGAGAUGACUAAAACUCGUCUCCUGGUAUCAACGACUACAAGUCCAACCCACCCAUCUCCUCCGUCUGAGUUCUUUCAAAUUGUGCUCGUGAAUUGUGUUCAGUUUGCCAAUUGAACGAUUUCUGGUGCAAAGUAUUAAUGCGAUAAUCUGAGAUGUCUCUCAAACACUGCAGACAGUUGUGUAUCUCAGGCCUGCUGUGACGCAUGCCUGUUUUUUUUUUUUUUUUUUUUUUUUUUUUUUUGGGUGGACCAUCUUCGUCUCUGGAUGUUCAGAGAUAUUCCUUCUGAUUAUAUUGAAUGUUAGUUUUCAAAACCGGUGUAAAACAAUCAUUGGUAGUAUUUGUAUCAUCAGUUAUAUGUCUGUGUUUUACAAGAGUGUUUACAGUGCACAUGUAGUAUGUAUUAUUUACUAACAGAGGUGGACAAAUCAUAAAUUAAUUUGCUACACUGAUCACCAGGCGAGUAAAAGCUCUUUUUUGAUUCGGUUGCCUGGAAAUUGAACCGAUUUUGCUUAAGAAGUGGUAUCUGGCGUAAUGCCAUGAAACAGGACAUGAUGAAGAAUCCCAAGCUAGCUCACUAUAUACGGUCAUUAAUAUAGAUUUUUGCAAACCUUGGCCAGUUAUUGGCUGAUGUUUUAGAUUUUUGAAAUACAACAUGUGGUCAUUUGCACUUAACAUGAUAGCAUAGUAGCUAAAAUCUGGAUAGUAUUAAAUUAUUCAUCAUGUACAAGUGCAUGCACUAAGCAGGAGAGUUGUUUUUUUUUUACUUGCCGUUUUAAUAUAUCUGCAUGUUUCUGCUUCUACAAUCUAAUCUAAUAAAAUGAAACUAAGUGUUAUACAGCAUUCUUCAGCUGAUGUGUGCAGUGCGGCAGGCGGUGGGAUACGGAAAUACAUGUUGUAGUUGCAACAAUGAGACAAGAUCUGCUUUUUUUAAACUCAUCUUCUGGCUUCAUGGUGGAUGUCAUUAGUUUUAAAUCAAAUAUUGCGCAAGAUAAAGACCUUUCGGUGGUUUGGAUAAACACUAAACCAAAAGGGAAUAUAGUGCCAGGGCUAUACUGAAAGUAAAACAAACAUUGGCAUAAAUUUUAUAUUAACUUUUGUUAAUGAAAUUGCUGGAGUGUAGGUGUUCCUCUAUAUAAAGGAACUACUCGACAUAGUCAUAGUCACAAGUGAUGCAUUUGCGAUAGAUGAAGGGGAAACCAGCAUUGAAGAGAAACUGUGCAGUGUGAGACCAUCAACUGCGACAGGGGGUUUUCAAAAGGAUUCGGGAGUCGGGUUAAUAAUGGCCGAGAUGCAUCACUUGUAAUGGAAAUUAUGUUGGGUAGUACCUUUUGUACAGAGAAAGACUUACUCAACCAACAUGUGCAAUUUAAACAUUUGCAUGUGCAAUUUAAGCAUUACUUCUGGUACAGCCCUUGUAUACGAUUUUCGAUACGAUGCUAGUUGUUACAUUCGGUAGCUGAUGCAGUGUCACAUGGUGCUAUUCUGGCUCCACUACUUACGUUAGUUUUGCCCUUAAGGAUGUUCAUUUCCGAUUGCAGCUGUCUAGUUAAAAACAAGAAUGAUCAGCCUAUAUCAGAACAUAAAAUUGGCUUGUCUUGUCUGCUUAAAAUAGUGAUUUGUUCACCCCUGAUUAGCACAUUAAAAAAUCACAAUGUCACUGAUGCUUAGUCAGUAUUUUGGUUGUUUUUAAAUACUUUUUAAAGGCCAUCUCUUAAAAAGCUAACAAUGUUAACUAUGCUCGGUCAUAACCUUCACAGGUCAAUCAUUUCCUUCACUGUUAUAUUCUCUCGACUGUAUUGUUAUUCAUCAUGUUCCUUUUUUUAACACAAGGUCAUCAGGCAUUUUUUUUCAGUAUUAACAACUCAUUUAAGCUCAAGAUAAUGCUGUUAUUUUCAUGAUACCACUCUUGCAGUAUGUUUACCACAAUGCUUAUAUUCUAAUGAUUAAUUAAAAUGAUUAUGAUGAUAAUUCUAAUAAAUUUGAUGCCAUUGCACACCAGAGCAGUGCUCGCUGCCAUUAAAAACUCUUACUAACAUCGUGCCAUUUAGGACGUGGGAUUAAUUUCAACGCCUGUACACUCUGAUAGUAGUUUGACAGCAAACGUUGUGUGUAUAUGUGUUUCUUUGUUGUUCUGCGUACAUCCGAGUGAAAGUCGAGACGAUGCAUGGAUCUGUAUGAUGGAGCGAGUUCUGUACAUGCGUUCUCCGGGACGUUUCAUGUCCCUUGUGAAUAAAAGAAAAUGAAAUUAAA